UAACAAGGGGUGACCGCUACAUUCUUGUUUUGGCUGCAAUCAGACAACGAUUUACUUCUUAUUCUCGGACUCGUUAUUAUGGAUCUCGACGCGCUCGCACUUGACAAAUCGAAUCAUACCUUCACCACCUGGUUGACAGAAUUAAAGAAACCUGAAUCAAUCAAAUUCCUUGCGGGUAUCGCGGCUGAGGUUAGAGGGGAACAUCCAUCGUCUUUCAAACUCCUGAUAGGUGCCUUCAAUGCUUGUCUAGUCUGCCACUUCGAAAAUAAUGAGGAACUCGAUACUGUUAUCCGUUUUCCUCAACCGGGAAGGGUCCGGUUUCCAGAGGAAAAGGUCCGCAAAGAGGUGGCAGUCCUGCGCUUCAUCGAACAAUAUGCGUCAAUUCCUGUGCCACGGGUCCUUGGUACGGGCAAAUGCAAGCUAGGCCCCUACAUCAUCAUGCCCUUUGUACCUGGCAUCAAUCUAUCCGAUGUGCUACAAAUGUCAGAGGCUGAAUUUGUGUUGAAGGACGACAUUGAGGAAAUCGUUCUUAAGAGAGCCUAUCGUGUCAUGGCGGAUGUGAUGGUCGAGCUUCGUCGCUUUGCAUUUGACAGGAUUGCUUCCAUUACUGAGAAUGGUAGCACCGAAGGUCGCCCACUGACAGGCGACAUGGUGUUUCUGGCAGAAUGUGGCAAUAUCCAACCCAUCACACAGACAAAUGAAACAUUUUCAUCCAGCCGCAGCUAUCUCCAAAGUUUGGUUGCGCAGCUUUUUCGACAACUCGAUACGCAACGCCAUGAUAUUGUUGCAGAUGAGGCCGACUGUAGGCGGAAAUAUAUUGCGCGAUGUUUAUUCAAGAGGAUUGUCGCAUCACUGCCACUCGAACCUGAUGGUCCCUUCUGCUUAGCAUGUGAUGAUUUUCGGCCUUCGAAUGUACUCGUUGAUGAGGAAUUAAAUAUCACAGCAGUCAUCGACUGGGAAUUUUGCUACGCUGGACCUCUUGAGUAUGCGUAUAGUCUUCCGUUCUGGCUACUCCUUCAACGACCAGAGAGAUAUAAGCCGAAUCUGUUGACCUUCGAGGCAGUCUACAAUUCGAGGUUGCCCAUCUUCUUGGCAGCACUACGAGAAGCUGAAUCGUUGGCAAUUGAAAGAGGCACUCUGGCUUCCUCAGAGCGCCUGUCAACGAUGAUGGAGAGUGACGUGGCUAAAGACCGAUUUUGGAUCUUUUACGCUGCGAGGAACAACUAUGCAUUUGACGAAAUAUACUGGACAUUUAUUCACGGCAAAUACUUUGACACAGAAAGAGAGGACGAAUUGUUAGAGCACCUCUCAGAUGAGGAGAGGCGAAACCUACCCGCGUUGGUUCAGCGCAAAAUGGAAGAGCAAAAAUCAUCUGAACUAGCCGACUGGGAGAGCAACGAAGAAUGGAAAGCAGACGGCCUAUAAUGCCCUAAUAAGAGGGGCGUUGAUGGGAUCACGCUCGUCUUGCGCCAUGUUAUAAUAUUGCAUCAUAUGAAGAAACCUUCGUUUUCUGUCUUUUUUUUCUCGUUAUUGGUAGCAUUAGCACUAGA